UGCUGUACGGACGCUCUGGCAUUUUGGCUCCCCAUUAAAUAACCUGGACAAAAGCCUUGCUUCGGUGAAGCUGACGGUUUCAUUUUCGGUGGUCACCAAAGAUUUAUUGAAAUGAGUGCCCUCAUAUUUCUGUGUGCGAUUCUAAUUGGCUUUGUGAUUUAUUCACUUAUAAGUUCUUUGCGGCGUCCCAAGAAUUUUCCCCCAGGACCUCGCUUUCUUCCAUGGCUGGGUAACACAUUACAGUUCCGUAAGGAGGCCCGGGCUCUCGGCGGACAGCACAUUCUGUUCGAGCGUUAUGCGCAGGACUACCAGAGUGAUCUGGUGGGACUAAAACUGGGACGAGAGUACGUUGUUGUUGCCCUAGGACAUGAGAUGGUUAAAGAGGUGCAGCUGCAGGAGGUGUUCGAAGGACGACCCGAUAAUUUCUUUCUGCGCUUGCGCACCAUGGGAACACGAAAGGGUAUCACCUGCACAGAUGGACAACUUUGGUACGAGCAUCGCCACUUCGCCAUGAAGCAGAUGCGCCAUGUUGGCUACGGACGCAGCCAGAUGGAGCAUCACAUUGAACUUGAAGCUGAGGAGCUGCUCGGUCAAUUGGAGCGCACGGAUGAGCAGCCGAUUGAACCUGUCACCUGGCUAGCUCAAAGUGUCCUCAAUGUGCUGUGGUGCUUGAUCGCCGGUAAGAGGAUUGCUAGUCAGGAGGAUGGCACCUUGCACCGUCUGCUUGACCUGAUGAAUCGGCGUUCAAAACUCUUUGACAUCUGUGGCGGCCUUCUGUCCCAAUUUCCCUGGCUGCGCCACGUGGCGCCCAAUCGUACCGGUUUUAAUCUCAUUCAGCAACUAAACACAGAGCUUUCCGGCUUUUUCAUGGAAACCAUUGAAGAGCACCGACGACAGCUGGCAAAGGAUCCAUCACCGAAGGAUAAUGAUCUUAUUUUUGCCUACCUGCAGGAGAUGAAGGAUCGGAGUGCCGGUGGUGAGAACAGCAGCUUCAACGAGACACAGCUUGUGAUGACAAUCCUAGAUUUCUUCAUUGCUGGCUCUCAAACUACCAGUAAUACGAUUAACCUUGGCUUAAUGGUGCUAGCCAUGCGACCGGAUGUCCAGCAAAAGCUGUUUGCCGAGGUGACCGCCAGUGUGGCUGCUGCCAGCUCUGAUGCAUUUCCUCACUUAAGUCGGCGGGAAUCUUUUGACUACAUGGAUGCCUUCAUUAUGGAGGUUCAGCGCUUCUUCCACAUCACCCCGAUCACAGGUCCCCGUAGAGCUUUAUGGCCAACCAAGCUGGGGGGCUUUGAUAUACCUAAGAAUACCACCAUUCUGAUAAGCCUACGCUCUGUGCAUCUGGAUAAGGAGCACUGGAAGGAUCCUCUGGAGUUCCGCCCGGAGAGGUUUAUUGAUUCAGCUGGCAAGUGUUUCAAGGACGAAUACUUUAUGCCGUUCGGCUUGGGAAGACGCCGUUGUUUGGGCGAUGCCCUUGCCCGUGCCUGCAUCUUCUCGUUUCUGGUAAGAAUCGUGCAGCAUUUCAUUAUCGUCCUUCCGCCUGGUGAGACUCCAUCGAUGGUCCUUCUCCCUGGAAUAACUCUCACUCCAAAACCCUACAAGGUGCAGUUCGUGAAGCGUACCUGAAUACAUAACUGGAUUAUGCUGUGUCGGUAGGUGUCAAAUAUAGGAAUAUAGAAUAAAUAUAUUUCGUUGUUUAGCUAUUAACCAGAUAUGGUGAUAAUUAUAUUACACUAAGAUAUUUCAAAACAUUGUGAAAUUUUAAUUACGGGCAUACGAAAAUAUUUUCUUACAUUUAGUUUGAAUUUCAAUCUUCACACAUUUAAAGAGGUCAAAUAAGUUUGAAUAAAUAUAGUUGUGGUCUA